CUAAGUGGACUAUUUACCUCUACAGAGCUUUAUUCUCAAGGGAAAUAUAUCGAAUCGUUUUGGGUAUAUAAGCUCAGGUGAGAUGUCAAAACAGUAUCAUUCGCUCAAAGUUCAACUUACGACACAUCACAUUUGGCAGGACUCACAAUGGCAUUCAAAUACGUUCCCCUAUUCGCUCUUUUGGCCGUCGCCAGUGCUGGUAUUGUGCCAGUUAAUCAGUACCCAUAUCAGCAAGCCUUCCACACUGCCUCUCCCGUCUACCACCAGCAACCUCUGUUGAACACCCUCGCUCAACCCUCCUACGUCAAAGCAGUCGCUCAGCCCGCUUACGUACAUCAGCCAACCUACGUCAAAGCCAUCGCUCAGCCAACUCUGGUGAAACAGGUGGAACAAUACGCUCCAGCCAACUACGAAUUCUCCUACUCGGUCCAUGAUACACACACCGGUGACAUCAAGAGCCAGCACGAAACACGCCACGGUGAUCAGGUUCAGGGACAAUACAGCCUGUUGGAUGCCGAUGGCCACCAGCGCAUUGUUGAUUACACCGCCGAUGAACACAACGGAUUCAACGCCGUCGUCCGUCGGGAACCAGCAGCCGUCAAGAUUGCUCAGCCAGUAACCAAGGUCAUCGCCCAACCAAUCGCCAAGGUUAUUGCUCAGCCAGCCUACUACUCGAACCACUAUUAGAUAGACUCCAGUGCCUUUCGUCACCUGAUCAUCACAUCCUAGGAUAGUUAGUUGAAUUUUGAAAACAAUACAUAUUGUAAAAAAUGUCAUAAAACUA